AUGGACUUGUGUCUUGAAUUCACACAAAUUUGCUACACUCAGUUUGCCACGUCAUUUUCACAACGAAUAUGUUUUCACAGCCUUUGCCCCUAUAUCAUCGAAAGUGACCCUUUAUCGUCAAGAUUGGCUUCAGCCAGGAACAAAGCAAUUUUUCCAAUGCGGUAUCCCAUAUCAUACCAUGCCACUGGUAAACUGAAACACACACAGCAGUCAAGUUACUGCGUCCCUCACAUCACACAGCACCGUCAAGCUGCCAUGAGGAAAUCCAUCACGCCAGAGCACGGGAUGCCACGAGGCCGCGUUUCCUGA